UUUCUCCUUCACUCCAUUUGUUUUCACGAGUGCUGCAGUGAAUCGUGUUGAGAGCGUCAUUGCUUCAUGAUGUCCCAGCAAUUUUAGUUGCUUUUAUGAUUAAUUUCCAGUGCCUUCGUACAGUAAUUAGAACCAUACACUCCCUCUUGGUGAUUGGCUCUUGGAUUUUAAGUCUCUAGGUCAGUCUGUCAAUCAGUCGGCAGAGUGAUUUUGUCAGCACUCUCGUUGGCGGUUGCAUCGGCUACUUUUGUCGAGUUGAUUUUCACGAGGUCCUUUUCCACGAAUCUUCCCUUCAGCAGUUACAGUGAUCUGUAGAUUGCCAUUUAGCAGCUAAAUUCAAUUACCUCCCCGUGGCUAGCUCUACAUGUGUACAUGUUGAAGAGAGUCCGUCCUUGGUUUAGCAUUCAGCUUGUUUUCAGAUGUACGUAUUCAUUUCUUGCGCGGCUGAGUUUUUAGCUUCCAAACACUGAUUUGAUCUCACUUAACCUUUCUUCAUUUAACGAGUCGCGGGUUUAGCUUCCUGUCAAAUUCCUUCCCAGGUCAUUCCUUGAGACCAUUCCUUAUCUUGCCACUCUGAAUCAAUGGCAGAUUUAAGAAUAUUUUCCAAGAAAAGCUUCCUUCUCGUGCAAAUAGUCUGCACACUCCUGAUGUCAUUCGCGACCCGCAAUAUUUCUGCGGCGUUAGAAACAGAAGUAACAACCUAUAACGUCUCGGACAUGGUGCCAUUUGAUAAUUCUCCCAGUAACAUAUCACAUCGAUACCAGAAUCUCAGAGCACUCUUCGGGCAACAUCGCACGGGGCAUAGCGUCCGUAGUCAGGCUUGGUUCAGUGACUAUUCACAAGGGAGGUCAAUUUUCAAGAAUGUAUCAGAGUACUAUGACGAGGGUAUAGUUCUUGUUGUCAGCUUAGACGGGACGGCGCAGUAUAGCAAUAUCCAAGAUGCUAUAGAUCAGGUGCCGGAAUUCAACACAAGACGGGUCACCAUCUUCGUGACAAGUGGAGUUUAUGAGGAGAAGGUAAUCAUCCCCCCGACAAAACCGUACCUAACCCUGCUAGGUGAAGGCAGAACUCGAACUAUUAUAACGUGGCAUGACACUGCGGCUUCUGCGGGGACUCUAAUGAGCGCUUCAGUCACCGUUGAAUCCGAUCACUUCAUAGCCAGAGAUAUUUCCUUCAGGAAUACAGCAGGAUAUCCAGCCCCAAAUAAAACGAAUAUGCAAGCAGCGGCAUUCCGCAUCUCUGGUGACAAGGCCUUUCUGUAUAGAUGCAAUUUCUACGGUCAUCAAGACACUUUGUAUGAUCACUCCGGUCGCCAUUACUAUUUCAGAUGCUAUAUUGAAGGCUCCGAAGACUUUAUUUUCGGUAUCGCCCGAUCUCUUUUUGAGAGAUGUUGGCUGCAUUCAAUUGCAAUCGGCGAAGGGGGUGCACUCGUAGCUCAAGGCAAAUACUUCCCUGGCAGUAUUAUGGGACCAUCUGGUUUCUCUUUUCUACGUUGCAAUAUUACAGGCACCGGUAGGCCUUACCUUGGCCGUGCAUGGGGCCAAUAUUCUACUGUUGUUUACUCCUAUUGCCAAAUAGAUGCCAACGUCAUCCCGGUGGGUUGGUAUGACUGGGGUCUGCGAGAACGUGAUGGGACUGUAUAUCUUGGAGAGUACGAGUGUACAGGCAAAGGAGCCAAUACGACUGGUCGAGUUGGGUGGUCUAGAGAACUCACGACUGAGGAUGCGCAGCCCUUUUUGAGUAUUCAGUUCGUUGAUGGCCCGUGGUAGCGAAUAUGUCUGACGCAUUUAGAAACAUCGUUUCAUCACCAAGCUCAUCACCAAGAGUCGGCAAUGCAAGAAAACGCUCGUGACACAUAUGCGUGAAAGAUCUUCUUAAACAUUGUUGUAAUUAUCGCAGAAAAAUGUUUUUUCUUCUCUGGAUUAGGUUUAUGAAUUCGUAGCUUAUCUGUCUCUAAGGAGGCCCAGGUUGCAAUUUACGGAAUGUACUAGUACAUGACAAUUCACAUCCUCUCAAUUUGAAGUUUAGAUUCAUCGGUGCGGGAUCUGAUCAA